AUGGCGACUCGCAGCCCGCAAUCAACCUCAAUCCAACCCCCUCUCGCCCUCGACCCAGUCUCCACUUGGCGCGCCUGGCAAACGCUCGAAAUCUACUUCACAGUCCUCCUAAACCGCCAACUCCGCCGCCGCUGGCUCCUCGAGCACAAAAGCAUGCAAGACCGCCCGGUCUCCCAACGCUUCCGACCAGUCCUCCACCUCGAGCCAGUUCCAACCCUCCACAAACCCCGCCUACUCCCCGCAGACACAAACGACCCGCACAACCCCUUCAACAAACUCGUGCUCGAAACGCUCAAGACCAAAGUGGAGUUGCUGCGUGCCCGUGUGGAGAAGGGCAAGGAACUCGCGGCGGAAAUAGAGCGGCGCAUGGUGAAACCGCACGUUACAUUCCCUACGCACUUCUGCCAUACUUGUGUUGCGGAUGGCGAGACGGGGGGCGUGGAGGUGCUGUUGACCAAGUGCGGGCACCGUGUGUGUCAGACUUGUUUGUCGUUUGGAAUGGGCAGUGAUGGUGUGUAUGAAUGUAGUAUUUGCUUUGCGCCGGCGGAUCUUGUGGCCCGCUCGCCGUUGAGUGCGCAGAGGAGUUGCUCGGAAAAGAUUACGCGGGUAUCGAAGAAGUCAUUGGUAGCGGGUGGGAAGGGGCGGAAGGGGCCAAAGGCGCUAGCUUCACCGUUGGUUGAAUCGAAAUAG